ACAAAAGGAUGAUUAACUUUACUAAAUAACUUUGGCUCCAAGUACUAAGCAUAUUCAAUCUUGUUUUGCAAAAGUUUUGUAUUAAAGAUUUAGAAAGAUUAGUUUUUUUAGUGUAAGACGAAAUGAAGCGGCAUGUUGCUUAGGUUGAAUAUAUUUACUUCUUUAAUGAUUGCAAGUGCUGUUAUAUUAGUGUUUAUGAAUUCAUUAGUUGAAAGAUAUGGACGUCGUGUUCAACGAGUUUUAAGACUAGAAAUACGAGAACCCUUCGUUUAUGAAAGUUUUCAGCUAGAACGACAGACAGAUUCGAAAAAAAGUACAAUUCCAAAAAAUAAAGUUUUUUCUACUCCGAAUUUUUCAAAACUCAAGACUUUUCUACUUUUUAUUGGCUAUCCUCGUAGUGGAUCUACACUUACUGGUUCGUUGCUUGACGCCCAUCCUAGUGUGAUUAUUGCUAAUGAGUAUAACUUGUUUAUUAAAUGGAAAAAUUUUACAGAUAAACAAAAAAAUAAGCACUACAUUUGUAAUCAGUUAUGGAAUAAUUCAGUUGCAGAAACGAGACAUCAACGUGCAGUAUCGAAAAAGUAUUUUUUUCAAUAUUAUGUACCAGGACUAUGGCAAGGUCUUUAUCAAGACCCAAUUCAAGUCAUUGGAGAUAAAAAAUGUAGUACAACAACAAGAGCAUUGGCAAAUAAUAAAAAUCAUUAUAAUGAACUAAAAGCUGCAUUAAAAACGCAAAUCAAGUUCAUACACAUAAUAAGAAAUCCAUUCGAUAAUGUUGCAACAAUGAUGCUGCGUGCCAGUCACAAUGGUUUAAGAAUUAAAGUUGAAAAGGAAAAAAAAAAGAUUUACAAUUUGGGAGAGUUAAAGAAACAAACGAGAAUUUACUUAAAUCUGGUGGAUAUGAAUGUUAAACUACGAAAACAAUAUACAGGACAGAUUUUAGAUGUUUAUUAUGGAAAUAUUAUUAUGGAUGCGAAGAAGAGUUUGCUUAGAAUUUGUGAGUUUUUAGAAAUUAUAUGUGACAAUGAGUAUCUUGAAAAAGCUUCAAGUAUUGUUUUCAAAAAUGAAACUUUUACCAGACGUUUUGUAUACUGGGACGAGCACAUUAAAAGAAAAAUUCUGGACAAGAUCGAAAAUGUUACCUUUUUAAAUGGUUUUAAGUUUAACGUCUCGUAACCUUAAUUACUUUUCAAUUUAUCUAUUAUUAUUUAGUUACCUUUUAUUUUUCCAAAAAACUAUUUUUCUCAGCCCAUCAGUUUGAUGUAAAAAAAUAUUUUAAAAGUGUAUAGAACUUUAUUUAAUAAUGCAAUAUGCAAAACAUGUAUGUACAUAAACACAUAUAUGUAACUAAACACAUGUAUGUGUAUAAAGACAUUGUUUUUAAAAUAUGUAUAUUUAGAUAUAGAUAUUUAUAUGAGAUUUGCAGGUGUUUUUAAA